GCUGGUUCCAGAGUGCUGCAGCCUCACUUAUGACAGGCUGGGCAAGUCCUUCCCAUCCCAGGGUGCUGACGACUGGAAAUUUGAUCCUUAUUAUCCCUGUCCUCUUUGCUACAGAUGUCUGCACGUCGAGACUGCACAGCUGUGACGGGGAGAUGACUUGAGGAGACAGCUUCCAUCUCUACAACGAUGUCCACGAACAGUUCUAAACAGCCAGUGUCUCCUGCAGCCGCACUCAUCGCGAACACAACCUGCCACACAGAGAACCGGCUUUCAGUAUUUUUUUCAAUAAUUUUCAUGACGGUGGGGAUCUUAUCUAACAGCCUGGCUAUUGCCAUUCUCAUGAAGGCGUAUCAGAGGUUUAGACAGAAGUCAAAGGCUUCCUUUCUGCUCUUGGCUAGUGGCCUGGUGAUCACAGACUUCUUUGGCCAUCUCAUCAACGGUGGCAUAGCUGUCUUUGUGUAUGCUUCCGAUAAAGACUGGAUCCGCUUUGAUCAAUCAAACAUCCUAUGCAGUGUUUUUGGAAUCUCCAUGGUGUUUUCUGGCUUGUGCCCACUUUUCCUAGGCAGCGUGAUGGCCAUUGAGCGCUGUAUCGGAGUCACCAAUCCUAUAUUCCAUUCUACGAAAAUCACAUCUAAACACGUGAAGAUGAUAUUGAGCGGUGUGUGCGUGUUUGCUGUCUUCGUGGCGUUGCUGCCCAUCCUGGGACACAGAGACUAUCAAAUUCAAGCGUCCCGAACCUGGUGUUUCUACAACACAGAACACAUCGAAGACUGGGAAGACAGAUUUUAUCUCUUGCUCUUUUCUUUCCUGGGCCUCUUAGCUCUCGGUGUUUCAUUCUCGUGCAAUGCCGUCACCGGAGUUACCCUCCUACGAGUGAAGCUUAAAAGCCAGCAGCACCGACAAGGCCGGUCUCACCACCUGGAGAUGGUCAUUCAGCUGCUAGCCAUAAUGUGUGUCUCCUGCGUCUGCUGGAGUCCAUUCCUGGUAACAAUGGCCAACAUUGCAAUCAAUGGAAACAACUCCCCAGUGACCUGUGAAACAACACUCUUUGCUCUCCGAAUGGCAACAUGGAAUCAGAUCUUAGACCCUUGGGUCUAUAUUCUCCUCCGGAAGGCUGUCCUCAAGAACCUGUAUAAACUUGCCAGUCGUUGCUGUGGAGUCCACAUCAUCAGCUUGCACAUCUGGGAGCUCAGCUCCAUCAAAAAUUCCUUAAAGGUUGCUUCUAUUUCUGAGUCGCCAGUGGCAGAGAAGGAGAGUCAGCAAGCAUCCAGCGAAGCUGGGCUGUAAGUCAAUGCAGGGAAGUUUUGGAAGCAUCUCAGCUGAUCAGACGCAGCCUAACUGGAGCACUGGGACCUCAGAGUGUAGUUCCGGGAGUACACUGGACAGACAGUUGCUGAAUUGUGUUAUGCUGCCUGCCGCAUGGUUGUGCAUUUUUCACUUGUUUUUGUCAACAGGAGGUAAACUGAUACAAUAUGAGGGAGUUGAGUAGAACACUCAUUUGAGUAUAGUCGUGUGGUCUGCUUUUGGAAUAAAUAAAUCUUCUGAGGCCCAAAACCUUUACUUGACCUCUUUGUCCGAGACACCUUAAUGCUACCUGCACCAUGAAAUGGCCAUUUGAGGACCACUGACUUACAGACAAGGCUUAAAGUAACACAAGACUCUGGAGUUGUUUGUGUGAGGUUCUGGUCUGUUUACUAGACUCAGUCAGUGUCUGCAUGACCUUGACAUCUGGGACUCACAGUGACUGGUGACAAGCACUACAUAGGCUGGGGCAGCCUGACAUUGUGAGACUGAUGAGAAUAGCCAUUCUUGUCACAAGUGACAGAUGUUGUUGUGGAGGUCACUUAUCGUUUGAAGAUUUGUCUUCCUAUAAAGCCAUAGAUUCUCUGUGUUUAAUCUACCACCCUUUCCUCUGAAUAUUGUAGAGAAAUACAAGCCUUAUCUUAGCACAAAUUCAGCUCAUAAUAGCAUACCUACUAAGCCCUGCCAUGGAAUCUAACACAAGCC